AUGCAAAGGAGCAUGGAUCUCUUUGCUGCCGCCUGCAACAACUUCGGCCUGGUCAGCAACACGAAAAAGACGGUUGUUAUGCAUCAACUGCCACCCAAAACUGCCUACGUUGCACCCCGAAUCAACGUGAACGGUGCCCAACUGCAAGCCUUGGGCAACUUUACCUACCUGGACAGCAUCCUCUCGCAACAGCAAAAUCGACGAUGA